AGCCUGUCGGAGAAAGAAAACAAAACAAAAUGGCGUUUGAUGGAGAGGAGUUGUGUUCCUUAUAGUUCUGUGUUCUUAAUCAUUGCCCGCAUGUGCGAAUACAUGUCAUUCCAUACAAUUACCGUUUGUUUGUAUCCGGAUACAUUAGUCUGAGCUAAUAUGGCCGCUUCUUGCUAGCUUAGCUUGCUUAGCUUAGCAUGUUAGCUGCUAACAAAGAGACGCAGAAGUGAUCAACACGUCGCUAAGCAGAGAUCAGAUGUGAGUGUAAAGUGUUGGGAUUGUGUGAACAUGUGCGAAAGAACGAUAGCAGAGUACGAAGGCAAACUUUCUCCAACAAAAGUGGAGAAGGAGCGACAACAUGAACCACUGGACGCUGUUAUCAAGCUACAUCAGGUUGUGUUACACAGAACAGACGCCCAGCAGCCUCCCCACUUUAAAGAGGACGAGGAGGAGUCACAGCCACCCCACUUUGAAGAUGAAGAGGAACUCUGGAUUGCCCAAGAGUGUCUUCUUGGGCAGGAGGAGGCUGAUCUCACCAAGUUUCCACUGACUGUUGUCUCUGUGAAGACUGAAGACCAUGAAGAGAAACCACCUGAGUCCUCACAGCUUCAUCACAGUUCAAACGUCCAGCAGCUGGUUGGUCGUCAAAAAGAAUGUCCCCCUCAGUCGAUGGAAGGGAGCUCCCCUUUGAAGCACAUUAAAGAGGAAGAGGAGGAACUCUGGAUUACUCAAGAGGAAGAGUGUCUUCUCGGGCAGAAGGAGGCUGAUCUUACUAAGUUUCCACUGACCGUUGUCUCUGUGAAGACUGAAGACCAUGAGGACAAACCACCUGAGUCCUCACAGCUUCAUCACGGUCCAAGUGAGGAGAUCAGAGUUGUGGAAGCUUCCAGCAGCAGCUCACCACAACACACGACAGCAGAAACUGAUGGAGACCACUGUGGAGGAUCACAAGCAGAGAAGAUCUUAGCUCCUCUGUCAGAUGGUGACGACACAACGUCACACAAUAAUGUAAAUAUGGAAUCCCACAUGAGAACGCACACAGAAGAAAAACCUAGUUGCUCACUUUGUGGUAAUACAUUUUCUCGGAAGUCCACUCUAAAGCAUCAUAUGAAUAUGCACACAGGAGAAAGACCUUUCAAUUGUUCAAUCUGUGCAAAAGGUUUCAUCAGAAACUGGGAUUUGACGCGGCACAUGCGGGGACACACGGGGGAAAAGAGCUUCUGUUGUUCGGUUUGUGGCAAAACAUUCUCUGACAGUAGUACUAUAAAAAUGCACAUGAGAACGCACACGGGCGAAAAACCCUUUGUCUGUUCGGUCUGUACGGAAGUCUUUUUUCAAAGCUCUCAUUUGACUCAACACAUGCAGACGCACACGGGAGAAAGACCUUUCAGUUGUUCAGUUUGCGGUAAAAGAUUCUCUCACCAACGCAGCAUGCAAGCGCACAUUCGGUUGCAUUCGAGGGAGAAACCCUUCAGUUGUUUAGUUUGCGCAAAAGGCUUCGUCAGAAACAUCGAUUUGACUCGGCACAUGCGGACACACACAGGAGAAAAACAUUUCAGUUGUUCAGUUUGCAGUAAAAGAUUCUCGAACCAAAAUAUUUUGCAAAUACACAUGAGAACGCACACGGGAGAAAAACCUUAUAGUUGUUCAAUGUGCGGGAAAAGAUCCUCUAACAAAGGUAAUAUACAAAGACACAUGAGAACACACACAGGACAAUAACUUAUCCGUUUUGAAUGGACUUCUACACAGUCACUAAUGGUCUACUGCAGGGCUUUUCUAAAGUCAGGACUAGACCUUUCUCUCUCUCUCUCUCUGUCUCCAUAUUCUGAUUUUAAAGAUGCUGGAUUUUGCCUGUGGAACACACAUUUUGGAAUUAUUUUACCCUGAAUAAAACUCCUACUGAACUCUA